UUUACAGCACAGCUCGCAUCAAUACGUACUAUAACCACAAAUCGGACAAUGGAAAUCGGUAAAGAGUUGCACAUUGUUUGCAAAGUACAAGGACGGCCACCACCCAAGGUCACCUGGUUCAAGGAUGGCAAAUCGAUUAAUCGUAAUCGUAAAUUGUACAAAUUUCGUCAUUUCAAAAAGCGUUCUGAACUGAUCAUACGUUCGUUUAACAUUUCCGAUACGGGGCGCUAUGAGUGUCGCGCUAAAAAUAAAAUCAAUCAGGAGCCAGAUCGACGCACCAUUUUAAUUAAAGCGGAUCCAG